GGUUCGUCUCGAACCAAGCUCCUGGGUUCGUCUCAGAACCCAAGCGCGGGGUUCGCCGCGAACCCAGCUCCUGGGUUCGUCUCCGAACGGAAGAUGAGGGAUUUUCGGUUUAGGUGAAGGAAGAUGAGGAAGAAUACGAUGGCAUUUGAACUGUAUGGUAUGCUAGCUGGGGAUGUCAGUUGCAUGACGGGAGAGAAUGUGAAGCCAGCCUAUGGAGGUGAAGAAGAAGCCUUCUUGAGGAAAGUUGUUACACCUAUAUAUGAAGUAAUUAGAAGGGAAGCUGAAAGGAGCAGACGGGGGAAAUCGAAGCACUCACAAUGGAGAAACUAUGAUGAUUUAAAUGAAUACUUCUGGUCUGUUGAUUGCUUUUGCCUGGGCUGGCCAAUGUGUACAGAUGCUGAUUUUUUUUGUAAGCCUACUGAGCAGAUUCACAAGAAAAAUGAGGAGGAAAAGCCAUCAACUAGAAGAGACAGAUGGGUGGGGAAGGUUAACUUUGUUGAGAUUCGCUCGUUCUGGCACAUUUUCAGAAGCUUUGAUCGAAUGUGGAGCUUUUUCAUUCUGUGCUUGCAGGCUAUGAUCAUUAUUGCGUGUGAUGGAUCGGGGGAUCCAAGCACAAUAUUUACUGCUGAUGUAUUUAAGAAAGGAUUGAGCAUCUUUAUCACAGCUGCUAUCUUGAAGCUUGGGCAGGCUGUCCUUGAUGUAAUUCUCAGUUGGAAAGCACAGAGGAGUAUGUCAUUCCAUGUUAAGUUGAGAUACAUAUUGAAAGUUGUUUCAGCAGCUGCGUGGGUGAUUGUUCUACCAGUUACCUAUGCUUAUAGUUGGGAGAAUUCUCCAGUUUUUGCUCAGACCGUCAAAAACUGGUUUGGUGGCAAUAGUUCAAGUUCACCUUCCUUGUUUAUCUUAGCUGUUGUUAUUUACCUGGUGCCAAAUAUACUAGCUGCGAUAAAGCCUUUAGUAGGUCCCACAAAAGCUAUUAUGAGUGUUCUGGUUACAAACUUCCAAUCGCAUGGAUUCGUUCCUCGAGCCAAGAACAAUAUUGGUGUCGUGAUUGCUCUUUGGGCUCCAAUCAUUCUUGUCUAUUUUAUGGACACACAGAUUUGGUAUUGCAUAUUCUCCACCUUACUUGGAGGCAUUUAUGGUGCAUUUAGACGCCUUGGAGAGAUGCAAACAUCAGGAAUGCUCAGAUCUCGAUUUCAAUCAUUGCCGGGUGCUUUUAAUUACCGUCUGAUUCCUGCAGAUGAUAGAGAUAAAAGCAAGAAAGGAAUCUGGGGAUUUUUUUCUCGUAGAUUCCUAGAGGUUCCAUGUAAGACACAGAAAGAGGCUGCUAGAUUUGCUCAACUGUGGAACAAAAUAAUCAGUAGUUUUAGGGAAGAAGAUCUUAUAAGCAAUAAGGAAAUGAACCUGUUGCUUGUUCCAUAUUGGGCUGAUCGUGAUUUGGACCUAAUACAGUGGCCUCCAUUUUUGCUUGCUAGCAAGAUCCCCAUAGCUUUAGACAUGGCCAAGGACAGUGAUAGUAGGGGGAAGGAGCUGAAAAAGCAAAUUGAGUCUGAUUAUUACAUGAAGUGUGCAGUUUGUGAAUGCUAUGCUUCAUUCAAGAACAUUAGCAUGGUCUUGGUUCAAGGGAAACGUGAGAAAGAAGUUAUCAAGCACAUUUUUCGUGAGGUUGACCAACAUUUGGUAGACGGCAAUCUUACUAGUGAAUUCAAUAUGAGCGCUCUUCCUACACUUUAUGACCACUUUGUCAAGUUAAUCAAGUUUUUGCUAAAGAAUAAUCCAGACGACCGGAAUGAAGUGGUAAUUCUUUUCCAGGACAUGCUGGAGGCUGUGACAAGAGACAUGAUGGAGGAUCAAGCAUCUAGUUUGGUGGAAUCUAUACAUGGUUUUGGACAUGAGGGGAUGACGCUCCACGAAGAACAAUAUCAGUUGUUUGCAUCUUCUGGGGCUAUCAGGUUUCCAAUAAAUCCAUUAACAGAAGCAUGGAAAGAAAAGAUCAAUCGGCUUUAUCUUUUACUUACCACAAAGGAAUCUGCAAUGGACGUACCAUCCAACUUAGAAGCUAGGAGGCGGAUUUCUUUCUUUUCCAAUUCAUUGUUUAUGGAUAUGCCUGAUGCACCUAAAGUCCGCAACAUGCUUUCUUUCUCAUAUCCAUCCCUUCGUGUGGCUUAUAUUGAUGAAGUUGAAGAACCUAAUAAAGACAAAUCCAAGAAGAUACAUGACAAGGUUUAUUACUCUGCUCUGGUAAAGGCUGUCCCCAAGUCCAGUGAUGCUUCAGACUCAACACAAAAUUUAGACCAGGUCAUUUAUCGGAUAAAGCUUCCAGGACCUGCCAUUUUGGGUGAAGGAAAAUCUGAAAACCAAAAUCAUGCCAUUAUUUUCACGCGUGGAGAAGGCUUGCAGACUAUAGAUAUGAACCAGGAUAAUUACAUGGAAGAGGCCUUAAAAAUGAGAAAUUUGUUGCAAGAAUUUCUUGAGCGUGAUGGUCUCAGAUAUCCUUCAAUUCUUGGGCUUAGAGAACAUAUAUUUACCGGAAGCGUUUCUUCUAUUGCUUGGCUCAUGUCAAAUCAGGAGACAAGUUUUGUUACGAUUGGCCAGAGAUUGUUAGCCAACCCUUUAAAGGUGCGGUUCCACUAUGGUCAUCCAGAUGUAUUUGAUAGGCUCUUUCAUCUCACAAGAGGGGGUGUUAGUAAAGCGUCCAAAGUCAUCAAUUUGAGUGAAGACAUUUUUGCUGGUUUCAAUUCCACGCUUCGAGAAGGGAAUGUUACUCAUCAUGAGUACAUACAAGUUGGGAAGGGAAGGGAUGUGGGUCUCAAUCAGAUUUCUAUGUUUGAGGCCAAAAUAGCUAAUGGAAAUGGGGAGCAGACAUUGAGUCGAGAUAUAUACUGGCUUGGACAUCGAUUUGACUUUUUCAGGAUGUUGUCAUGUUAUUUCACCACUGUUGGUUUUUACUUCAGUGGUCUGAUAACUGUUCUCACUGUGUAUGUGUUCCUUUAUGGUCGCCUCUAUCUUGUACUGAGCGGACUUGAAGAAAGCUUGAGUCAGCAGCCAGCAAUUAGAGACAAUAAGCCUCUUCAAGUGGCUCUUGCUUCUCAGUCUUUUGUUCAAAUUGGUUUCUUGAUGGCCUUGCCUAUGUUGAUGGAAAUUGGCUUGGAAAGGGGUCUCCGAAUUGCCCUUAGUGAAUUUAUAUUAAUGCAAUUGCAAUUGGCACCUGUGUUUUUCACAUUCUCCCUGGGAACAAAAACACACUAUUAUGGAAGGACAUUACUUCAUGGAGGUGCAAGAUAUAGGCCCACUGGUAGAGGGUUUGUGGUGUUCCAUGCCAAAUUUGCUGAUAACUACAGACUAUACUCACGUAGCCAUUUUGUCAAGGGAAUUGAGAUGAUGAUCUUACUUAUUGUAUACCAGAUGUUUGGUCAUACUAACAGAAGUGCAAUCGCUAAUGUUCUGAUCACUAUUUCUAUGUGGUUUAUGGUGGGCACAUGGCUGUUUGCUCCCUUCCUUUUCAAUACUUCGGGUUUUGAGUGGCAAAAGAUUGUUGAUGACUGGACUGACUGGAACAAGUGGAUAACUAACCGAGGGGGCAUAGGUGUACCACCAGAAAAAAGUUGGGAAUCAUGGUGGGAGGAAGAACAAGAGCAUCUUCGACAUUCUGGAAUGGGUGGUAUCAUAGCUGAGAUAUUGUUAGCAUUACGGUUUUUUAUCUACCAGUAUGGGCUUGUAUAUCACCUAAAUAUUACAAAGCACACCAACAGCUUUUUGGUUUAUGGUGGAUCAUGGGUGGUUAUUGUUCUGAUAUUGAUUAUAAUGAGGGUUGGAUCUGUUGGGCGGAGAUCGUUCAGUGCAAGUUAUCAACUUGUCUUCCGGCUAAUCAACGGAGUGAUAUUCCUGACUUUUAUUUCUCUUCCGGUUAUCUUGAUUGCACUCUGUCACAUGACAAUUGAAGACAUCAUUGUGUGCAUUCUUGCUUUGAUGCCUACAGGUUGGGGCGUGCUAUUGAUUGCUCAAGCAUUGAAGCCUCUUGUUCACAAAGACACUUGCCUGUGGAUACGAGGUUAUAUUGGGUUUUGGGGAUUGAUAAAGGCACUUGCACGAGGAUACGAGAUUAUAAUGGGUUCACUUCUGUUUACUCCUGUUGCGUUCUUGGCCUGGUUUCCGUUUGUGUCUGAGUUUCAGACUCGCAUGCUUUUCAACCAAGCUUUCAGCGAAGGUUCGCAGAUUUCGCGUGUUCUUGGUGGACAACGCCAAGAUCGCUCAUCACAAAAAAAGGAGUAAUCUCACUAACAGAAAGUGUUGUAUCUAUUUUGAUGUUAUUUAUCCCCCAAGUUCUGUUUUGCCUGUAGAAAUGUUGUUAAGAGUCCACUGUAAUUGUUGAGGAAGUGGGAGGCACUAGGUUUUGGUAAUUAAAUCACUCGUCUUUUGUGUGCUCCUGUUGUUUAUCUAGCAUUCGCAUGGACAAAAUAGUUGUAAGGUUACCAACAAUGUUUAAGGCUAUUAAAUUAUUAUAUUGUUA